AUGCAGCGUGAGGCGGCGGCGGGAGGCUCGGCCGAGCUGCUGGCGGCGGCGCACGCGCUGUUCGCGGCGCGGCGGUUCGAGGCGGCGGAGGAGCUGUACGGCCGCUUCAUCGCUGGGGGAGCGGGAACCGGCCGCGAUCUCGCCACCGCCCUCAAUAACCGCGGGCAGAUCAAAUACCUCCGGGUGGACUUCGACGCCGCUAUGGAGGAUUACACGGCCGCCAUCCAGAGCCAGCCCGCCUUCGAGGUGCCCUACUACAACCGGGGCCUGGUGCUCUACCGGCUGGGAUGCUUUGAUGAGGCCAUGAAAGAUUUCAGGAAAGUUUUAGAGUUGAACCCUCAGUUUGAGGAUGCUGCAUUAAGUCUAAAACAGGCUAUUCUUGACAAAGAAGAAAAACAAAAGCGAGGUUAUUGAAGACGCGGCUAAUGGUGUGAACACUUCAGUGAUUUUUGUCAUUGAUGGGUGAAACAGAAUCAUUUAUUUACGUUCACUAUGCUCUACUGAAGAAACGUCAUUCUGGGGUAAAUAAGUGAGAAAUGCAUUGUAAUUUUAAAAUAAACUAUUUUUGGAUAUUG